UUCAAUUUCAAUAACUUUAUUGGUGGCCUUGUCUGCGCUCACCCUUCGUGCCCGCGGCUCAGGGAGGGGGAGCGCAGCGUCUCCGGUGGCCCCCGACUCCGCUGCAGACAUGGGAAACACCACCAGCGACCGGGUGUCCGGGGAGCGCCACGGCGCCAAGGCUGCGCGCUCCGAGGGGGCCGGCGGCCAUGCCCCGGGCAAGGAGCACAAGAUCAUGGUGGGGAGCACCGACGACCCCAGCGUCUUCAGCCUGCCGGACUCCAAGCUACCUGGGGACAAAGACUUCGUGUCAUGGCAGCCGGAUUUGGACGACUCCGUAAAGCCCACACAGCAGGCCCGGCCCACUGUUAUCCGCUGGUCUGAAGGAGGCAAGGAAGUCUUCAUCUCUGGGUCCUUCAACAAUUGGAGCACCAAGAUUCCACUGAUUAAGAGCCAUAAUGACUUUGUUGCCAUCCUGGACCUCCCCGAGGGAGAGCACCAAUACAAAUUCUUUGUGGAUGGACAGUGGGUUCAUGAUCCAUCAGAGCCUGUAGUUACCAGUCAGCUUGGCACAAUUAACAAUUUGAUCCAUGUCAAGAAAUCUGAUUUUGAAGUUUUUGAUGCUUUAAAGCUAGACUCUAUGGAAAGCUCUGAGACGUCUUGCCGAGACCUUUCCAGCUCACCGCCAGGGCCUUAUGGUCAAGAAAUGUAUGUGUUUCGAUCUGAGGAGAGAUUCAAAUCCCCACCCAUCCUUCCUCCUCACCUUCUUCAAGUUAUUCUUAACAAGGACACUAAUAUUUCUUGUGACCCAGCCUUACUUCCUGAGCCCAACCACGUUAUGUUAAACCACCUCUAUGCAUUGUCCAUUAAGGACAGUGUGAUGGUCCUUAGUGCAACUCAUCGCUACAAGAAGAAAUAUGUCACUACGCUGCUGUACAAGCCCAUCUGAAGGCACCCUUCUUGCCUCUGAGGAUUCAGGAGAAGCCUCUUUCUUGCCUGUGACUGAACCAGUCUUCUCUGAGACUGGAAGGCUGAUUUGCUUUGAGGCUGAUGUGUGUGUUUCAGAGCCUCUGAGUAGGAUGCUCUGCUUUUGCAUUUGAUUGCAGAUGAGAGCUUUAUGAGUUCAUGGAAUUUAUUUUAAGAAAAACAUAUAUAUAUAUAUGAGAAGAAGGUUAUAAACAUAUAUAUAUGAGAGGAAGGUUACUGGAAGCCUCUAGCCCCAGCUAGAUGUAGUAUUCCUGCCUGUGGGUACUUUCUAAGACCUGUUUGGGGGAGCUGCAGGAAUAACUACACAGGAAGCAUUCUUUCUUAAAAUGAAAGAAUAGCAAACUCUUAGGAUCCUUGUUGGGUAGUGAUUCUACCACUGCUACCUUGGAUGUCAAAGGGAUGAACUUGUGCUAGACUGCUACCCUACUUAGAGCUGCCUCAUUGCAGAGGUGGCUUUUCUUGCAUGGGUUCUCUGUAUUCCCAUAGUAUGUGACACAACCUGUCUUUUUCAUUUGAUACCUCUUGCCCCAAAAGAACCCAUUUUUCCCUCUCAUUUUAGCUUCUUCCUUUUAAUAACCUUCAAAUUCUGUAUCUGACCCCUCUAAUACAAAACUCACUGGGUAAGUAACCUCUUUGAAAAGUUGUAUGAAGCCUGACUGACCCAUACUAGAAGCGGAUUGCCAGAAGAUCACCUGUUUAGCCCAUUAAAGGCUUACUUUGUUACUGCUUUUACUUCUGCUAAAGAAAAGCAAUAUGACUCCGUGUUAUGAGGUAGAAUGCAGAAGAUCUGUUUGUUUUAAUUUGGAGCGACAGCUUCAGCAGUAUGGCAUAUUCCCAUAGGUUUUCCCACCUGGCCUGGCCCUGCUUCCACCUUCUCUUUCUCAGAGAAGCAGCUGUGUAGAUAGGCUUGGAAUCAAGGAAAACUGUCUUUCAUCCUUGAAAGGUUUUUGUCUUUUUUUUUUUUUUUUUUUUCCUCUGGUACUGAGAAUCAAACUCACGACCUCACGCUUGCCAGGCAGGCGCUGUGCCGCUGAGCUAAAUCCCCAGCCCCCCUUGAAAGAUUUUUGUGUGCCGCAUUUUUGCCUUAAUUAAAAAAAAUGCCUUUCAUUGGUCUUAAGAUACUUUAUUGAAGACUUUCUAGCUUUUAAAAAAUGGUGAAGAUUUUCUUCUCUAGUCUAGAAAAAUCUACAAUCUUACAUUAAUAUAGCCAGCUUUACACUAAGCACUGCUGUAAAUAUUAGUCCAUUUAGGCUCAUUUGAUGCACAUAAUGGAUUCCCUUAAUUUAAAGAUGUGUAAAGCCAUGAUGUAAGAGAAUGUCUGGUAUUCCUAACCAUGAAAAGUGUUACACUUUAUACCAAAUGUUAACAAGAUCCCUUUUUUCUUUGUACUCUUCUUUAAAAAAUGUGUUUGAUGAUGAAGCGGAUCACUGAUACGUGUUUAUGGACUGAAAAGUAUCUAUUCAAUCCACCCUACAGGUUCAGAGAGAAAACAGAGAUAGCGGCACAGUUGUCUUUGAGUCCAUUGAACUCUUUGAUCCCAGGUAUGAAGCAGUAAGGUGGCAGUUGUCUGCAGGGAAUGCAUUAGUGCUUAGUAAUUGUUAAUUGUUGAAAGUAAAAACUGAGUUAGCCAUUCAAAGUUACCUUUGGGAGAAUUUUUUGUGGUCCACACCACUUUUUGAAUGGCAUGCCAUUUUAAAAAGCCAGGCCAAAUCUUAUAACCAGCUCUCGGGAUCUAGAGAGUUUUCAAUUUUACUGGAAUUUUGUUUCUAUCUAGUAUCCAGGAAUAAGUGGGCCACCUAGAAAGAUUUAGAAUCUUGGUGGUUACAGGGAGGAUUUUGUUGUACUUUUUCUUGUCAACAGUGUUGAAACACAAUUUUGUGUAUUAAAAUUUUUACUCCACACAAGUGUACCACUAUAGUGGGGCAGGAAAAAAAAAAAAAGAUCUCUUCAAUUUGCCUCAGGCCAGAGGCUUCUGUGAAUUGGGUCUAGCUCUGAUGGUAGUAAGUGUUAGUGCUGGUGAUCUUCAGGUGUGGAAGUGUGCAGUGUCAGUUCCCAACCUCAGGUGUUCUCUCAGCUAGAUCUGAAGCAAGCCUGCCAGCUGGUGUGGAAGGGAAUGGGUAAAAGGAGUGGGUGAUGAGUCAUUCAGUGCCAACCUUUGUCUGUCCUGCUAAUACCUCGUCUCCUGGCGUGUCACAAGGAAACUUCUGGAGGGGAGAGGAGGGAGGAUGGUAGCCUUAAGUACAACUCACUCAUCCUUUCAUAUCUUGAUUAGUUAAAGGGGUAGCUUACUUUCUGCAAAAGAGCAAUUUGUCAGAUUUUGAAAAUGAGUAAAGGCAAAUGACAUAAUCCUUUUUUUGGUGACCGGGGGCAUUUUUCAGAGCCAUGAUUAAGAACAACAAAAAAAGAAAAUAGCCCUUAAGAAGGAAAUAACUGCAAUAUUUGGACUGUAGGAAAAAGAAAAGUGCCUGAGCUGAGGAGGACAGUAGGAAACUAAAGACUUAAGUCACUCAGAACUGAAAAUAUCCUUUUUUAAAUAAAAAAUUAAAAUCAGAAAUAACCUGGUGGUAUUCUUGGAUAUCAGUGUACAAAAUUUAGCAGUAGAUACAGCACAUCUUCCUUUUGCCUCUUAUCAUUCCUAUUCUCUGUGCUUUCCUUUAUAGUUUCUUUUAACUUCAUCAGACUUCAGUAGAGUUUAAGUCUAAGUAUUAGUCUCUUUAUCUAAUAUAUCUGAAAUAAAACAUUUGCAGAUUGUCAGUACUACAUACAUGCCGCCAAAGUGAAGUUUGGAAAGAAGUGCUACCUUCAGACUGAGUUUGUAUUAAUCUGGGAUAUAAACAAAGGAGAAACAUAGAUGAUAGAAUUCCCCAUUUUUAAUUGGGGAAAUAGGGUUUUUAAAAUUUUGACCUCAACUAAUACUGAUAUGCAAUAGUCUGUGUGUGUUUGAAAUACAUUCUAUUUUUAGAGAUUUCUUCACCCUCACAUUCUAGUGAUUUGGGGCAUGGUCCUAAAAGCAAAUACAUAAUUUGUUUCUACAUUAUUUUGACUCAUCCUUAAAGCCAAGUUCUUGCUGCUGACUCCGGUUACACAUGAAUUGGAGGACCUGGUAUAGGUAAGGGUCUUUCCAAGUUUUAUGACUAGGGGUUCGUCUCUCUGUAAGUACCAAACACAACUGGAGAUUGAAGGACUGUGGUUUCUGCAGUGAACACAGAGUGAAAAGGCAGAUCUUUUAUAAAUUAUAAGAAAAAAGAAGGAAUGAAAGAGGAAAAACACCUCAUCUGUUACUUGUAGAAUUGAGUUAUUGGCAGUAGAAUUCCUCUAGAAUUGGGAUUUUUGUCUUGAUUUGUUUUCCUCACUUCUGUUUUGAAGUGAGUAUGCUUCAUUAAAAAGUAAAUUUUGGGGCUGGGGAUAUAAUUCAGUGGCAUAAGUGCCUGCCUGGAAGUGCAAGGUUCUGAGUUCGAUUUCUGGUACCCCCCCCAAAAAAGUAAAUUUUGUAUUAGCUUCAAUAUUAGUUGGAGUUAAGUAAAUUGUGCAUAGCACAGUACUUCACAGUAAGAGUGGUGUGAAAUACUAAACUAUGGACUUUACAGGAGUCAUGUUAAGUGCUGAGGGGAUACCUAUGUUAAGUAUUAACAUAAGGAAUCGUCUGCUUUUUAUUCUCCUCCUCAGAGCACUAGCUUACCCAGCUUGCAUUUUUAAAACAGUGAACAUUCAAUGUUGAUCAGUCCUACUGCACUGGGUCCCAGAUAUGAGACUUACUUGAAUUUUGUAAGUUGGAUAAUGUUGGCUGACAUUAUACUGAAGCAUUUAAUGAGUAACUCUAUGACUGCUGUAAGGGGGAAUAAGACUAUAACUUGAAGGGAAUUAAAUAUGAGAGUCCUCCUUUAAAUGGUGCUUUUUGUAACCGUUAAUGCUGAGGUACAGAACUGCUUUUCAGUAUUUCUCAAAGGAGUGGUAUACAGAUAGGGACUUUAAAACUUAGCUCCAAAUGUAAUUUGACUCUGACAUGCUUGAAAAUUAUAUAACGUAAAACAUAAGAAAUUUGGUAUUUUUCCUCAUAAAACUGUUUAAUAAAAGUAUUACACAGCAA